AUGACCCUCGAGAACUCGGACCUCAACAUGUCAAGACUAUCGCUAAACUCAUCCAGUUCUCAAAGCGAAGACUGGGAUAGAUCACUUAUAUUAGAAGACAACGAGCCCCCGUCGACAUCCUCGUCAUCGACUACCGAAGACGCUACAACGACAUCGGAGUCGAUGGCCUCUUCAACAUCGACGAUGACCCCUCGGAACUCGGUAGCAUUCCCGGCUGAGAGUGAGGGGACACCACGGCGACAUGCACGAGAAAGUAGUGGGGGGUAUACUUUGGCUGGGAAGGGAAAGAGGUCGCUGAGCGAGCUCAUGAGGCUUCACGCGGAAAAGGGCACAGAUUGCAAAUUCAGCCCCGAGGAGGCUUCAAGAGUGGCAGAUGUACUUGGACAGUGGAUCAAUGCGUCUUCGUCUCCAUACGAAGCCGAAGAUGAUUUCUUUCGCUCUCAAGAUGACCUAUCAUCGGUUCUCUCGAAACGAGCGAGUCGUGCGGAUUUGAACGCGCGACCAAGGGGGCAGAGUGAGGGCUGCUCGCGAUCAUCAUGA